AUGGCCUCCGGAAUGAUGAAAUUGAACUAUAACCCGAAUGCGUCAGGAUGGAGCCUGGAUAAUGGAUACACGAACCGAUUUGCGAAAGAAAAUUACACGUUUACAGCGGUUCAUCUAGGAUAUGUAUACCUAUUAUCGUUAUUGCUUAAAACUUAUGAACUCAACCUGGAUUAUACAUGCGGAGGAAUGGACCAGGGUUUUAAACUCACUGUAACUGCGCCAGGUGAAACGCUGACACCAUCACGAAAGUACACACGACUUCCGGUUUCAACCAAAACUGAGAUUAAGAUCUCUUCAAAAGUAAUCACCGCCUCAGAAAGAGUACGCGAAUUGUUCGUAUCGCUUGGAAUUUUUACCAUUCCAACAUUUUGCUUCUUCUUAUUCGAAGCCGUCACAUUCGCCGAUUAUGUCAAUUCAUUCUUCUUCACGUCAUGCGGACUUUUGGGCAUUUCAUUCAAUGCAACCCUUUUGUGGGAAAAAAGCAACGUCAAUCAACUUAUCGUUGAUUUAGAGGACACAUUCAAACAACGACGUCAACAAAAUCCAACGCUAGCAAAAGUCUAUGAUGACGCCAAGCAAGUGCUUGAAUCGCGGACGAAACUGAUCCACACAAUAAUGUUGCGCGCUUCAGUUCCAGUCAUUGUGCUUCAGUUUAUAUUGUGGUCGUUCAUUCAGUACAUUCGAUCGGAUUACUCCAAUGACUCGUUCCACUUGAUUUAUCCUUAUGUUGUCCCAUUCAACUGGAGAUCACCAUUUGGAUACAUGGCAAUUGUUCCAUUUCAACUCAUCGGCAUCCUUAGCUGUUCUGAAGUUUGUGUCAUUGUGCUUUGUCUUUUUACCGGUCUGUGCUUAGUGAUGACGACUUUUGUUUCGGACAUUGAAGCCAACUUGGACAUUAUGAAUGAAUACCUUCUCAAGGCCAACGAAUUGAAUUCGACGCAACAAAUUGAACUGAACAAUCGUCUUUAUACAAUCAUCAAAUUUCACUCGGAUGCGAAAGAAUCAGCGAUGAUGUUUAGUAAAACCUUCCGAAAAGCUAUUGCUUGCUAUUUCACUUAUGCAACGAUUAGCAUUUCAAGUUUACUUUUGUGCAUUAAUGAACUGCGAUCAGUAGCUGCAAUUCAACCGGCCGCUUGUUUGAAUGUGGUAUUAAUGUGGCUUUUUAUAUAUUGUUAUUUUGGCGAUGAGGUGACAAGUCGAUUCAAUGGCAUUGAAAUGAAAAACUACCUCUGCAAUUGGUACUUGUUACCAUUACCUCUACAGAAGUGUUUACCAAUUAUUAUAUUAUCAACUCAUAAAUCAAUCUUUCUGCGUGGUUUCGGAAGCACCUCAUGCACUCGUGAGUCAUUCACAAAGGUUGUAAACGUUGGAUUUUCGUAUUUCACAAUGCUACGCAGAUUAAGCAGCUAAAGACAUUCCGGAAUGUUAAGUUAACAUUAUGUUAACUGGUGCCGUUUUUUCAAUGAAUGGUUAAAUUUUAAGGGCAAGAUCUAGGCCAAGACUUGAAAUAUUGUGCACAAAUAUUAACUACUCGUUAGCCGUCUAUUAUUUUAACUGGAAUUCUGCACGUACUGUGAUUGGAAAUUCAAUCGAUUUUAGUUAAGUUUGAAGAAAUUCAAUCAAGUUGGCCAGUUUAGUCAUCCACACGUAUCAACUGUGAGUGUCUAGUGUUUGAAAUUCUAAGCAUAGUAUACUCAUUCCCAUUAAUA